AUGUCAGAAGUCCCUGACCAACACACCUCCAGUGACGCACCGCCUUCAAGGCCGGUUGCCGACACCGACGCAGAUGCAGCCGACACGAUCCCGAUAACCGUCUCCCUCGGCGCCAAGUCGACCACCUUCAACCUCCCCGCCGCGGGCACCCUAGACGACCUCACGCUCGCCUGCGAGGACUUCUUCGACACGCCAGACGACAACCCCAGCUUCAACUGGUCGACGCACAAGUUCAUCGCGCCCCCGCCGACGGGCCUCGUCAAGGCCGGCGAGAACGGCAGCUCCCCGCUCGCGCCCCUCUCCGGCAAGAAGCUCCGCCUGUUGGCCGCCAAACUCUCGGAGCUCGACGCCCUGCGCGCCGCCGAGCAGUCGGCAGCGCGUCGCCGCGAACGCCGCUCCCGAGUUGUCCCCUCGGCCGCCGCGAGACCGCACCGCACCACCACCGCCAGCCGGCCGGGCGACGACGUGUACACAUUCCUCUCGAUCCGGCCGCUACCGUACCUCCCACGGCCGGAGCGGUCGCAGGCGCUGCUGGAGCGGGUGGCUAACGACCGGGGGAUACGGGAGUCGAUGCGCCGGCGCAAGUUCACCGUCGGGCUGCUGACCGAGAUGGACCCUGCCGCGCACACAGACGUGUCGCACGACGGCGUCGGCCGCACCUUGGGUCUGAACCGCAACAAGGGCGAGGUCAUCGAGCUUCGCCUGCGCACCGACGCCGGCGACGGCUACCGCGACUACAAGACCAUCCGCAAGACGCUGUGCCACGAGCUCGCCCACAACGUCCACGGCCCUCACGACAGGAACUUUUGGGACCUGUGCCACGCCAUCGAGCGCGAGGUCGAGGCCGAGGACUGGAGCACCAAGGGCGGCCGGACAGUCGGCGACGGGCCCGGCUUUGACGAAACCGCAGACGACGAGGACUACGCGCCGGACCAUGGAGGGUGGACUGGCGGCGAGUUUGUUCUCGGUGGUGGCGGGCGGGCGGGCACCGCGCACGUCUCGUUGAGUCGGAGGGAGAUACUGGCAAAGGCGGCAGAGGAGCGGAUGCGCCGCAUGAAUCAGGAGGGUCGAGAUGGCGAGAACGGUGGUGAGGGUCGAAGCUGA